AAGUUGGCGUAGAUUUUAGAAUAAAUAGUGGGUUCUGGGUAGUUGCAAGUCAGUACACUUGUAUCCUCUCUAGGGAUGCAGUGCUAGAUUCACAGUGUCAAAGUACUACUUCUAGCCGUGUCAGCCAUGCGGAAAGUUGUACUGUGUUUAGCCGUGAUCAUCGUGGUGAUCGACCAGCAGUGCUAUACAGAAGCGAAGUUUGAACCUCCGAAACAGGUACAGGAUUCAAGUGAUUCAUCGGAUUGUGGUGACAUUUCAGUUAGUGAAGGUCCUAAAAAGGGUCAUGAUGUAGAAAUAGUUUACGAGAAAGAUAAUUCUUUGGAAUGGAGUGACUCUAGUUGUUCUGAUUCUUCUGAUGCUUCUAUCGGAGGUGGGAAAAAAGACAAGAAGCAUAAGAAGGAAAAGAAGAAACAUAGUAAAGAGUUGAAGCCCAUGAGAGAGAGGAGAAAAAGCGUAGGAAAGAGGAGAAAAAGCGUAGGAAAGAGGAGAAAAAGCGUAUGAGAGAGGAGGAGAAGCGUAGAAAGGCUGAGGAGAAACAAAGAAAGGCGGAGGAGAAAAAAAGAUAUGAAGAGGAGAGAAACCGUUUAAGGGAGGAGGAGAAGCGUAGAAAGGAGGAGGAGAAGCGUAGAAAGGAAGAGGAGAAGAAGAGACUGGAAGAGCAGAGACAAAGGAUAGAACAGGAGGAAAAGCGGGAAAGGGAGCGUAGAUUGGAGGAGGAAGAAAAUAGACGAAAGGAGGAAGAAGAGAGACAGAGAAAGGAACAUGAAAGAUUGCAAAAAGAGAAAUUGCGUUUAUUGGAGGAGGAGUACCGUAGAAAGGAGGAGGAGAAGAAGAGACUGGAAGAGCAAAGACAAAGGAUAGAACAGGAGGAAAAGCGGGAAAGGGAGCGUAGAUUGGAGGAGGAAGAAAAUAGACGAAAGGAGGAAGAAGAGAGACAGAGAAAGGAACAUGAAAGAUUGCAAAAAGAGAAAUUGCGUUUAUUGGAGGAGGAGUACCGUAGAAACCAGGAAGAGAAAUAUAGAAGGGAAAGAGAGGAACAGCGGGAGAGAGAGCGAAGAAAGAAGGAGGAGGAACAAAGAUUGGAGAGGGAAAGAGAGAGAUUAGAAAAGGAGAGGUAUCGUAUAUUGAUGGAGGAGUUACGCAGAAAGGAGGAGGAAAAAUAUAGAAAGCACCAUAAUAGUAAAGAAUCUAACAGUCAUUCAGAUGAGGAGGACGAAGCCCCUUGCCCCUUCAGCAAGAAACCACCAGGUAAUCCUCCUCCUUCCCCUCCUCCACCUCCUCCUCCACCACCACCGCCCCCUCCGAAAAAACCUUGUGGCUGCAAGAAAUGUCCUACACCACCCUGCAAGGCCGGAACAUGUGAUAAACCACCAUGUAAUAAUCCUAAACCACCUAAUCCUUAUGAACAACCUCCUCCUCCUCCUCCACAACCCGAAAAUCCUCCAGCAAACGAAUAUCCUCCUCCACCACCCGAUUAUGAACCACCUCCUCCUCCACCCCUCCUCCUCCACCACCACCACCUCCUCCUCCUCCACCACCACCACCUCCUCCACCACCACCACCUCCUCCUCCACCACCUCCUCCACCACCACCACCUCCUCCACCACCAC